GGUUUCUCAUAGAUAUCCACCUGCUGCUUCUGUUGAAAUGGCACAAACUUAAGGAAAUCGAACUGUUAUUAUACCUGAGACCCUUAAGAACAAUGCAUGUUGUCUGGCUUGGGUGCUGCUGGGACCUGCUUGCUAAAUUCAAAGAGUGAACACAAGAAACCCCAAGUCAUCAGAAGAUUUACUGAAAUCCCAAGCAACUAAGCUGCCAAUGAGGGAGGAGAGAUUUUGUCUGGAUGGUGUUUUCAGUUCCCAAUUGGUGUAUUUUUUUCAUUUGAGUUUUCAGCAUGCCAUCUUGCAUUUGCAUUCCUUAUCAGACCAUCCCCCAUGCCUGAAAUAACUUUCCCAAGAUUCAGGGAAGUGGUCUCUAACUGAACUCUGAUCCAGUUGAAUUUGACAGUUGUUGUUGUUUUUCCUGUUCUCCCCAGCUCUUAGUGCUCUCUCUUUCUUCAAACUACCUCGUUUUUGCAUGAUCCUGAGCAAGAUGAAAGCUUUUUGAGCUCAGAGGCUCACUUUCUUCAUCUGUGCAGGCCCACCCAAUUCCUAGCACAAUGCUUUGUCCAUAGAUGUUUCAUAAAUGUUUGGAUUGACUUAACUGGAUGCAUUGAAGGGGCUGAGAGCUGAUUUGAGUGUGACAAGUGUGGCAUCUCCCCAAAGACAUUUGCAGAGACUGAGUAAGGAAGCUAAAGAAUCCAGUGAUAUCCUGGAAGGAAGAAGGAAAAAGGAGCUCAAGUUCUGGUUAAUAGGAACUAGUCACCUGGGGAAACUCUCAGGCUUUGAUUCAUCCUCGUCUGGGCUUAAGAGAACCAGUGAUAGCAAUCAGAAGAAAAUCAUGGGAAUCAUCAGAAACAUUUAUAUUUUGUAUAGUAUUGAUCUGUCUGUACUUUGUGGGGCUCUGCUACUACCCGAAAUGAAUGAAUUAACUACCAACUGUUCUCAGGAAUAUUUUAAAAAGGUUCUGAUGGGCAUGUCACUAAAAAUCACCACAAUGGAUUUAUCAAACACAUUCACAUGUCAGCCUCAGAACUUGGACCUUAGUCCUUUCUCUAAGCUAAAAGUCUUAAUUCUCUCUCAUAACAAAAUCCAACAUCUGGAUAUCAGCAUCUUCCAGUUUAACAAGGAGUUGGAAUAUUUAGACUUAUCUUACAAUAGUCUGAGGAAUAUUUCUUGUUAUCCACUUCUGGGUCUCAAACAUUUAGAUCUUUCAUUUAAUGACUUCAACAAUAUUCCCAUCUGUCAGGAGUUUGGCAGCAUGUCACAACUGGAAUUUUUAGGACUGAGUGGGGCACAGAUACAAAAAUCACAUCUGCAGAAAGUUGCUCAUUUGCACCUAAACACUGUCUUCCUGGGCUUAAAACAUCUUUCGUCCUAUGAAGAAGGCAGCUUAUCCCUUUUAAACACUGAAAGACUUCGUAUAGUCUUUCCAGAGAUUGCUGAUUACAGGUUUAUUUUGCGUGAUGGAAUCCACACUUCCAAAAUCUUGGAAAUGGCAAAUAUCAAUAUGAACCAAUUUACCAACCAUGACAAUCAGAAGAAUCCUCUUCUGGAGAAACCAAAGGGCUCCAAAACAUCUCAUCUGUUACUCAGUAAUGUCUAUGGACCCUGGCAGGAAUUCCUCCAAGCGCUGCAGUUUGUUUGGCACUCAUCAAUUCAACAAUUACAAAUACAAAAUUUUACCCUUGGUGCCCAAAGUGAAUUUAAAACAAAAAUAUUUGACUACUCUAAUACCUCAAUGAAAGUCAUAAAGGUAGAGCAUGUGAGCAUUAAGAUAUAUUCCUUUCCACAGGAUAGAAUCUACUUGUUCUUUACCCAAAUGGGCACUGAGAACUUGACAAUAUCAGGUGCAGGGAUGCCACAUAUAAUUUUCCCUGAUUAUCCCUCGAAAUUUCAGCACUUGAAUUUUACCAACAAUGCUUUGACAGAUGAAUUAUUCAGAAAGACACUUCUAUUGCCACAUUUGAAGACUCUUGUUUUGCAAAGGAAUAAAUUAGAGACACUUUCCACAGUGAGUUCCUUUGCUAUCAAUACAUCCUUGAUACACUUAGAUCUAAGCCAGAAUCUACUACAGCACACUGAUGGAAACCAUUGCCACUGGCCAGAAACCCUCACUACCAUGAAUUUGUCAUCCAAUAAAUUUAUUGACUCUAUUUUCAAAUGCAUACCAAAAAGCAUCCAAGUCCUUGAUCUGCAUAAUAAUGAUAUUAGAACGAUCCCCAGAGAAAUUGAGAAUCUGAAAGCAUUACAGGAGCUAAAUAUUGCAUCCAAUUCUCUAACUGAUCUUCCUGGGUGUCGUAAUUUCCAAAGGCUUUCUGCACUGAAUGUUGAAAUGAAUUCCAUUAUUAGCCCAUCUCUUGAUUUCUUCCAGUCUUGUCAGGAAGUGCAGUCAUUAAAAGCAGGAGACAAUCCAUUCAGAUGUAAUUGUGAUUUAAGAAACUUCAUCAACCUAGAAAAAAAAUCCCAGGGCUUGAUGAUUGGGUGGCCAGAUGCAUAUACCUGUGAAUAUCCUCUAGAACUAAAGGGAAUUCAUCUGGAGAAUGUCGAUCUGCCAGCAUUAUCCUGUAAUACACCUCUAUUGAUUGCUGUCAUUCUGAUAAUCGGGUUACUUUGGACAGUUGUCAUAGCAAUUCUCUGCAUUCGCUUUGAUUUGCCGUGGUACUUGAGGAUGAUAAGUCAGUGGACUCAGAACCGGCACCGAGUUAGGAAUGUGCCCAUAGAAGAACUCAAAAGAACAAUUCAAUUUCAUGCUUUUAUUUCAUACAGUGAAAUGGAUUCUCUCUGGGUAAAAAGUGAGCUGAUACCAAACCUGGAGAAAGAAGAUAGGUCUAUAUCAAUUUGUCUCCAUGAGAGACACUUUGUUCCUGGCAAGAGUAUCAUUGAAAAUAUUAUAAAUUGCAUUGAGAAAUGCUACAAAUCUAUCUUUGUUUUGUCCCCUAACUUUGUUCAGAGUGAGUGGUGCCAUUAUGAACUUUACUUUGCUCACCACAAAGUAUUUCAUGAAGGUUCUAAUAAUUUAAUUCUCAUAUUACUAGAACCAAUUCCACAGUACAGCAUUCCUAGCAAGUAUCAUAAGCUAAAAACUCUCAUGGCACAAAGAACCUAUCUGGAAUGGCCCAAGGAGAAGAAUAAGCAUGGACUCUUCUGGGCUAACCUUAGGGCUACCAUUAAUAUUAAUUUGUCAGAAUCUGGAAAGAUGAACAAAUCACAAACAAUUUUAGAGUUAAUGGAAGAAUCACAAGCAUCUUCAUGAAAUUUCACUUUUAUACAUUUUCCUUCCAUCAGUCAUUGAGUAUUUAGUGAGCAGCUCAGCACUAAGUGCUAUGAUAUACACAAAAGUAGAUUGUGAAUUUACAAUGGAGUCCAGCAUCUGUAAUCUCAGCUAGGGGGAAUCUGAAGUUCGCACAUCUCUUGGGCUUGGGAGUUCUAAGUUUUGUCAUGCUGACUAGAUACCCACACUAAAAUCUGCAUUAAAUAUAGUGGUUGUAAAGGCUGGGGGAAGGAGUAAAAAGAAUACUAGGUGGGGGGUGCAGCUGGGUAGCUCAGUGGAUUGAGAGCCAGGCCUAAAGACGAGAGGUCCUGGGUUCAAAUCUGGCCUCAUAUAUUUCCCAGCUGUGUGACCCUGGGCAAGUCACUUAACCCUCAUUGCGUAGCUCUUAUCACUCUUCUGCCUUGGAACCAAUACACAAUAUUGAUUCUAAGACAGAAGGUAAGAAUUAAAAAAAAAAAAAGACUAGGUAGGAAACAGAAAAGGUCAAAACUCCCAUGUUGAUCCAUAUUGGAAUCUGGCUGCUGGCUUGAGGGGUUAUCAGUGAUCAUUCCUCUUCCAUCCUGGGAGAUAUAUGGAGACCCAGUCUUUGAAAUAACAAUUAUUUUUAUUAUUUUCAAUCUAAUUGGGAGAUAAAAAAAUAUGUGACAUAAUUAAAUGAUAAUUAAGUGUAAAACUGCAUGGUAUAUGGACUCUUGCAAUAGGACCACAGAUCUAGAAAAAGAAGGGACAAUCUCUUCAUUUUAUAAGUGAACAAACUGAAGUCUAGAGGAGUUAAAUGACUUCUUCAAAUGCUUAUUGAAUGGAACGAUUGCUCUGGGCUAGAGUAAUGAAAGAAAACUUCAUCAAGGUGAUGGGCGUUCAAUAGCAGUCUUGAAGGAUGAGCAAGCGGGACUUAAGUCUUUGACAUCAUGGACGGCUAUCUGAAAUUAACAGAGAAAGAAACUUGAUGCCUAAUAAGAGACUGAAGGAUUUCUGUAAGUCACAAGUUCCUGAAUGAUGAUGAUUACUUUUAUUAAUAAAUCAAUUUAUAUGUAA